GGCUACAUCAACGAACGUUAUUUCAGCGUUUGCCUUGUCUGAAUAUAAGGCAAGCGCUAAAAUAACUUUCAUAGAUGUAGCCAUCUUGUUUCAGGCCUCCGAUUUUGCUUUUCACAGUCUGUGUGACUGCAAACCUGAAGCAUCUAGAAAUGUAAUCUCUUAGUUAUGUGACAGAACACAAAGACCAGUAAUCACUUCCACUUUUGCUCUCCUUUAAUAGGCUAUCACGUAACAUCCAUGAGGCAGCCAUAGCAGCAAGCACACUCAUGACAAAGCUCUCUGGGGUAAACACUGAAACAGGUAGGGAAAGGACAUACUGUGCUUUAGUAAUAAAAUAAAUACUGAAAUGUGGAUGUGAUGACAUACAAUGCAUAUUUUCCCCUCUAGCUCUUUUGUGUUAUGGAUCAAAGUUUCAAAGGACCUGCUGUGCUGAAGAGAAAUCUUAGAGUACUGAACCAAAAGGAGGAGAGAGAUCUGCAGCGAAGACUGAACCUGUUGGAUAAACAGUACAGGCACACUCUGAAAAUGCUUCAUCAAAGGAGAGAUUCAGUUCUCAAUGAACACAGAAGACUGCUGACGGUGAAAGUAUGUGAGCCCAAAGCUACGGUCAACAUCGCUAUGAAAGAUAUUUGGGAAUACAAAAAUACUGCGGUGCACUUUAGAGGUUUUCAAAUGUCUGACAGUAGAAGAAUGUAUUCCAGUAAAGAAAAGCACCAGGUGGAGAAGAGUCGCUCCAUAUCAGCUCCGCCGCCGCUGCUGUUUGUCAAACCUACCAGCUCAGUGAGACACAGAGGAAACAUCCAGAGCAGCCUGUCUUUCAGGCAGAUGAAAAGCAUCGCAGCUAUCGACUCAAUAUCAGAAAAAGAGCUGGCCAGGCAGCAGCAGAAAGACAGAGAGGAGGUGGAGGAGCUGAGGCAGUUUCAAAUGGAGACUCUACACCAGAAGGUGGCGGCAUUUAUAGACAAGAUGAGACAAAAGCACCAUGGAAACACAAGUGGAACAUCCACAGAGGAACCUUACUCCAACAGUUUAACAUUUGAAGAUCUGCAAGAAUGAAUGCAAUUUACUAUAAACAACAAUAAUAUAUAUAACCAACAUUUGUUUCUGGAUAAACUAUGCAAUAAUCCACCGGUCCCUCAUAAUCGUCAAAGCCUUGUGCACAGGAGUCUCCAUGAGCAGGCUGCAGUUAUUCUUCCACUGUGGGGAAUCAGGGAGCUCCUUGUCCGCUAAAAGUGGAAAUUAC